CAAGGAUCGAGAUGGAAAUAUCCUCUUCAUAAACUCAGGAUGAAUUAAUUUAAUGCUUGCCCUCUUUCACACAGAAAAGCAUGGAGAGUGUGCACCAGCAAGGGAAGCGGCGUCCUCAAAGAAGAUAAGGACAGAAGAUAAGGGGCACCAAACGCGUCUUUACGUCUUCGGAUGGCUCACAGGAGGCUGACCCUUGAACCUUGCGGCAAUGAGAAUGGGCUCUCUGUGGCCAACAAGGUCCCCAGAUCCAUCGGAGGCAACAUUAAGGACAAGAUUUCUCUUUGGGAGGGAAAAGAACCGUCAAAGACGACAGAAAAGCAGAGUGAGGACCAUACAGAAAACGGCGGAAGAGUGGUUAAAGAAACUGUCAGGAAAUGUGUAGCGAGAGAGAGAUUAGAAAUAAAUAAUACAGGCAGUGAGGAACUGAAGGAAAGUGUGGAGCAUCUCAGGGAUUCAAGGCCGUGUUCGCCCAAUGACAACCAGGGGAAGAAAGCGGUCUUCACUCUUUUUAAGAAGCUGGACGCCAUGGGUGACGGGAAAACUCCCCCAGAGCUGGGGAACUACUUCAGCCCUCCGAGAAAAGGCCAGCAAGCAAGACGGAAAGACCUGAGGGAGUCUUCUGGAAAACCAGAAGGACAGCAGCAGGAGAACGUGUAUACAGAGCCCGUUAACCCAGUCCCUAAACCGGAACGCACCUUCCAGCAUCCGGUCCUUAGGAAGCAGAGGAACUUACCACCGCUGCCCAAAUCAUCCUCAAAACGUCCACCAGGCGCCAACAACAACAACAACAACAGGAAACCACUUGAGUGUGAGGAGGUCCUAAGUUCAAAUAGUCGCCCUGUGCCACAGACUCAGGAGCAUCACUAUGAAGACAUCCUGGAGAGCCCAUAUGAAGACAUCGAGUUGGAGAGUCAGUGCUCCCAGCAGUCGCUGCCGUCCUCUCCUGGCGCAGACACAAGCAAGGUUUCAAGACCGGGCUUCUUUAGACAGAAUUCCGGUCGGAGCUUCAAACUGCUGGAUCUGCGUCGGGCCACCCAGCAGACCCAUGGUAGCGGCGGUGUUCCAUCUCCACUCCAGCUCAGCCCAACGUCCGCCCCACCCGAGCCUGGACCUUGGCUGUCCGGGGAGUCCUACAGCCGUUCGUGCCGUAGGACACCAACAGUGGUACUGAGGAUCAACAGCAUCUUUGAGGCUCGGAUUGGGAAGAAACACCUCAGGAGGAUUUAUCAAUAUGCUGAGACGAGCUCAGGGAGAGUAACCGAUGAAAACAGCGACUCGGAGAGCGAGUUUGAAGAGCGAGCCAAAGCCCAUCGCCAGCGUCUGGUCUCAGUCCAGUCCAUCCUGAGUCGGCCAAGCCACACCCAGGUCCAGUACAACGCCGGGAGAGGCUUGCUGGAUAAGAACCACCGCCAGCUCUUUGAGUACUUCCUGGUCGUGUCGCUGCAAAGGUCAAAAGCGGGCGGCCAUUAUGUGCCGCAGGUCACGCAGCAGUUCCCCCUAAAGUUGGAGCGAAACAUCAAAUUUAUGAAGGAGACGGAAGAUCAACUAAGGAUUAUUCCCAAAUUUUGCUUCCCAGAUGUCAAAGACUGGGAGCCCGUGGAGAGCUAUACAAGUGAAAUGUUCUCCUUUGUAUUGACCGGAGUGGAUGGCAGCAGACGCUUUGGAUACUGCAGACGUUUACUGCCUAGUGGGAAAGGAAAGCGUCUGCCAGAGGUCUACUGCAUUGUUAGUCGUCUUGGCUGUUUCAACCUGUUCUCUAAGGUAUUGGCUGAAGUGGAGAGGCGCAGAGCUCUGUCUCCUGCUCUGGUGCAGCCGUUUAUGCGAGCCAUCAUGGAGGCCCAAUGUCCGGCUCCGGGCAGAACCAUCACCAUCAAAACUUUUCUCCCUGGCUGCGGCACUGAGGUGAUGGAGCUGUGCCGACCGUCUGACUCCCACUUGGAGCAUGUGGACUUUGAGUGUCUCUUCUCCUGCCUAAGUCUGAGACUGCUUCUCAGGGUUUUUGGUUCCUUGCUACUGGAGCGCAGGGUCAUCUUUACUGCUGACAAACUAAGUACCCUGUCUCAGUGCUGCCAUGCCGUGGUGGCGCUCCUCUACCCUUUCGCAUGGCAGCACACCUACAUCCCCGUGCUCCCUUCCGCCAUGCUCGACAUCGUGUGCACCCCCACCCCUUUCAUCGUGGGCCUUCUCUCCCCGUCCUUGCCGCGGCUCACUGAUCUACCCCUGGAGGAGGUUCUGGUUGUGGAUCUCAUGAAAAGUCGGAUUGUAAAACAGCUGGAUGAUGAAGACUGCAUCCUGCCACCUAAACUUCAAUCUGCUCUGGAGAAUGUUCUGGAGAUGAGACGAGAGCUUGCCAACGGCCAUCUUAGCACCCUUGUGUCCGAAGCCUUUGUGCGCUUCUUCGUGGAACUGGUAGGCCACUAUCCUCUCUUCUUCUUCGAGGACGACGCCUCCUCCUUCCGAGGGUCCCCCGUCCCUUUCUCCUUCCAGCGGGAGGCCUUCCAGAAGGCUGUGCCCUCAAAGACAGUGCGGCGUUUCCUGGAGGUCUUCAUGGAGACGCAGAUGUUUGGAUGGUUCAUACAGGAAAGGGAGGUCCAAGGGCCCAUCCUACGAGGGCUUUUUGAAGUAAGGGUGCAGGAGUAUCUAGACACCAUCCAUGAGAGUGAACACAGAAGGAUUAACCGCUUUCUCAAAGGCUUGGGGAACAGAAUGAAGUUUUUGUCCAAGAAAUAAAGAAUGGAGCCAACGCUGGCUGUAUUAUGGACGCACGUUGGCAUUAUUGCACUGAAAAUUAAACCAUCAAAAGUGUUGCUAUUUAAGAAAAUGAAUCAUACGUGUUG